AUGCCCCGGGCUCUCACUCGCAUCUUAACCUCUCUCUUCUCUCCUUACCCUCCCCCUCCCCUCGUAGAGCUACGAGACGCAGGGAGGGGAGCGAGAUACGCAGCUGUCUGGGGGCAGAAGCAGAGCGUGGCGAUCGCGCAGGUGAUUCUGCGGAAUCCGCGGGUGUUGCUGCUGGAUGAGUCGACGUCAGCUUUGGAUGCGGAGAGCGAGCAGGUGGUGCAGGCUGCGCUCAAUGCGCUCAUGGGCGCGCGCACCACGCUCGUCGUCGCCCACCGCCUCUCCGUGCGUCGUGCGCACUGCAUCGCCGUGCUGCAGCGGGGGCAUGUCGUGCAGACCGGCUCGCACGAGGCUCCAUUCACCACAACCUUUGCUGUGCGAGGGAGCGUUGGAGCUGAGCGAGGUUCCAUAACGUUCGGCGUUAUUCAUGCAGGCACCAAACCAUUCCGUGAUUAA